AAUUUAUUUAGCAUAUUGUUAUCACCGUCUUUCAGUUUUCUAGAACUGUUGAAGAUAGUUAUACUUGAUUCUUUUAAUCAAGUUUGAUUUGUGUUCGUAUUCUAAGCAAGAUAAUCAGGAAAUUUUGGAUCAUGGAAUCCACUUCUGAACUCAAAUGCUUUCAAUCAUCGGAAGAAAAAUUACCGUCGCAAGUAAAAACCCAACCAUGGAUCAAAGCUCAUUCACCAAAAAAAUGUGAAGAGCUCGUUUCCAAAAUGAAAUCUUCUUUUUCAACCAAAAGCACACAAACUGAACAUAAUACUGGCAGAGAUAUAUCCAAAAUUGGAAAGUGGCUUCUCUUUAAUGAUAUUCGCCAACGUAAUGCCGCUGGUUUGACCCAGCAAGACGAGGCAUGGCAAGCUAUACGCCAAUUAGUAAGCAAUGAUGUCCUCUUCAGUGCCAAGUGUUCUACUGUUUGGCAGGGUCCUUAUGCUGGAAAGUCAAGUGGCCGGAAAGCAGUAAUAUGCUGCUACACACCAGAUUAUUCUGACAAGCAGGAUGUCAAGAGUGCUGCUGAUUCAAUCCGAGAAACUGUUCAUUAUCCUAUGGAUAUGUACUAUAAAACUGACGUGGAUACUUAUGCUGGGAAAUACAGUCAAUUUGGUGACAAUGCUAUAUCAAUGUAUAAACAUACCAUUGAUGGUGUAAUGUAUGAACGGGAUCCUACAGAUAAGAAGAAAUGGAAUCCUUUGGAUCUUUGAAAUUGGUUUAAAGAGUUACUAAUCAUAAAACUGAAAUAUAUUGAAGAGUAUAUAAGUUCUGCUUUAUUUGUCAUUUUUAUCACAUAUCUGCAAUUAUAUUCAUUUAUCGUUGGAAGCAAAUUAUGAUUAAUUAGGAUAGAAUAUCAUUUAAUUAUUUUGCAAGCGAUCUUAUAGUAAUAACCGUAAUAAAAUGUGAUUUUUUUAAUUGAAUUAAAAUUUGGUGUUUUAAUCAUCAGUUCUGACAGAUCACAAAACACCAUGGUAGUUCCCAAAUCCAUUGGGGAGGGGGAAGAAGAAAGUAUAUUGUUUUGCAUAUGCACAAGGUGCCAAACAACGCCCUUUCCCAUUCGCUUAAAUUUUGAACGUUGAUAAUUACAGUCACGACAGAUAUAUCUAUGUAUAGUAAACUGAUUAUGUUUUAUGGAUGGAUAACUUACAUAUCCUAACGCCAAAAUCAGGCAUUAUUGUGUGUCUGGCUUGGAAAUUAUAUGAGAUAUUGGGAAAUGGUCAAUUACAAAUUUAAAAUUUUGGACAAAAAUAUAUUUCGUACAUAUGGAUACUAAAAAUAGAUUUAAUGUAAAGCACAUAUGUUUAUCAGCAAUUUCCAACACCGUUAUUAAUCAUUUUGGCUCAGUCUACUUAGUUUAGGACUCAAUUGCUAUAAGAUAUUUAUUCAGUUUAAAAACCAUUUGGGGUUAUUUCAGCUAUUAUUAAAAAAUAAGUUUUUCAGAAUUGCAGAACAGUAAAGGUACGGAAAGACGAAUUAUUCAAACUAAAUCGAAACAUCGGAAAUUGCAAAUCUGAUUGUGAAAUCGAAAGUUCAUUAUCAUCUGAGGGAAACGCACCGUAUAGGUAUAAAAAUGAGAAAAUAUUAAUAUCUGAGAGCUAUUGAGAUCAUUCAAACUUUCGAUUCGCACCGAUUAUUAAUAGCCCUGAUUUAUCUAUGGAAAUUAGAGCAUUUUCUCAUUGCAUAAAGAUUAAAAAUAAGCCAUUGUAGUCAAUAUAAUGUGAAGAGUAUAUGAAUUCUGCUUUAUUUAUCCUUUUUUAUCACAUAUUGGCGACCAUAUUCAUUUAUCUUUGGAAGCAAAUUAUGAUUAAUUAGGUUAAAAUAUC